AUGCUUUCCUUUCUUGACCUGCCUGCGGAGAUCCGCUUGAUGAUAUAUAAGCAUUCGCUCAAUCCUAAUGAAUACGUGAAGAGCUAUGGAAAGCUGGGGGACCAUACAGUGUCGCCAGCUGAUGGUCCGUUAUGCACUUUUCCUCGAUCUUAUGUCGAGCGAUAUACGCCAUCUAUCCUCCUGCUUAACAAGCAAAUUACCACCGAGGCUCUGCAUCUUUUAUAUCGCAUCCCGCUCAACCUGUACGGGACGCCGAGCACGUAUUUCGUGAUGCGUCAAAUGGAUAUCACGGAAUUCAUCAGCGAGCAUAUCCUCCAGAGAAUCCGCUACGGUGUUCUACGGCUUGACCGUGCCCAUAAACAUUUUGUCCUUACACUCUUGGACAUUUGGGGUGCUGACAAUCGGUUGGAACGAUUGGAUGUUUACUGCCCCAAGCGGGCACGGCUUGACAGUCGGCAUUGGGAAGUUGUGGCAAGCAGGCUUUGGACCUUCUCGGGUGUGGUUCCAGUUGUGUUUCACAGCGUUGAUGAUCCGCUCAAGGUAGAGAGGCCUGCGGGGCUACGUAGAUAG